AUGCAAAUGUCGUAUCUCUUUCUUUCUCCUAGUGUCCUGGCACUUGGUGCCAUGUUCAUGACCCUAAUCUAUGUCCUGUAUCGUGCCGUUCUACCCAAACCCAUACCAGGAAUACCAUACAAUAAGAAAGCCGCAAAUUCAAUAUUUGGCGAUGUACCCGAAUGGCUGAGCUACAUCAAGAAAAACAACGGCCAAGCUUUGAAUUGGUGGCACCGAGAGAUGGAAAAACACGAUUCUCCCAUCAUCCAGCUGUUCCUGGAUCCUUUCGGUCCCCCAGCAGUGGUUGUGGCCGACUUUCGUGAGGCGCAAGAUGUCCUCCUCCGGAGACACAAGGAAUUCGAUCGCAGCACCAUCUUUGAAAACAUCUUCAGCGGCACUAUGCCACAUCACCACAUUUGGCAGAAGACGGGCGAUAUCGUCAGGACGCAAAAACGUCUCCUAGCUGAUACCAUGAUGCCAGCCUUUCUCCAUGAGGUUGCGGCUCCUCGUAUUCACGAAGCGAUGAUGGAUCUUGUGCGACUCUGGGAUCUGAAAGCACGUCUCGCAAAGGGCCACCCCUUUGAAGCUCAUGAAGACAUAGCACAUACUACCCUCGACGCCAUUUGGGUAGUAACUCUAGGCUCCUCUGCUAAAACCAUCGAGAGCCAGGCGAACAUGUUAGAGAGCAUACCAGACUUGAGCCUACCGGGCAGCAAGGACAAAGCGAUCAGGUUCCCUCAGGCACCUCAUCCACCAGCAUUCGAUGCCAUCCUGACAUUGACGAGCUCCAUGGAGCCGCUGAUUAGCUCACCAUUCCCCAAGAUCCACCACUGGUUCUUGCGGCAAAGCAAAUCAUACAGAGAUGCCAAGCGAUAUAAAGAUCAGGAGAUAGACAACAUGAUCAAGAUGGCUGUCCACAAAUUCGCCAACAGUCAGACUGUCGCUCUUGAGAAACAAGGGAAAGAUCGAUCUGCCAUUGACCACAUGAUCAGACGCGAACUUUUGGCAUCCAGGAAAGAAGGCAGAGAACCUCAAUAUGACACACCUGCGGCAAAAGACGAACUCUUUGGCUUCCUGAUCGCUGGUCACGAUACGACUUCUACAACAGUAGCCUGGGCUGUGAAACUUUUGAGUGACAAUCGACCAGCACAGGACAAGCUACGUGAGGUAUUACGCUCGACGUACGCUAAUGCGACUGCUGAGAAGAGACAACCCACUGCCGCAGAGGUCACAACCUUGCAUGAUCCCUACAUAGAUGCAACGCUGGAAGAACUCCUGCGUUGCGGCGGGACUGCAUCUGUUCUGAGCCGCGUCGCACUUAUUGAUAGCGAUAUCUUUGGUAUCCGCAUCCCCAAAGGAACUGAUGUCAACUUCAUGUCGUACUUUGGCUAUGUCGCGCCGCCUGUCGGUACAGUAGACGAGGACAGACGCAGCACUAGCAGUCGGGCGUCAAAAGACAAGACUGGUGUCUGGGAGACAUCUGAUAUCGAAGCCUUCAAGCCCGAGCGCUGGCUGAGAAGAAUAGGCGAGACUGACGAGACUGAAUUCGUGAAGAAUGCAGGCCCAACGCUUCAAUUUGGCGCCGGAGUACGUGGUUGCUUUGGACGACGAUUGGCAUAUAUCGGGCUUCGUAUGUUGGUGGUCUCCAUCGUUUGGAACUUUGAGCUGCUGCCAGUUCCUGAAGAACUCGCCACUUACAUGGCAGUCGACAGAAUCACUCAUCAACCUCAGAAGUGCUACAUCCGCCUGAAGAAAGCAGACUGA